CGAUCUAGUGAACAGUCGCGUCCAAAUCCCAUUUUUCCGCCACGAAAGACUGGGUUUCAUUUUUCUCAAGGAUGCAACGCUUCUGGCAGUCUUUGGUGAUCAUUGCUAUCUCCGUGAUAGUAUCCACUGUCGCUGCCAUCUCCCAGGCAAAGUCAGCGCUGAUCUCCAGCUUCGCCGCAACUCCAACUAGUAUUCUCAACAUGGAUCCGAGCGACAUUGUUAACGGACAAUUUGGCGCAGUACCGCCAAUCACAAGCGCAUCGAGUGCUAGCAACGUCGUGGACUGGCUUGUCACAAUGGACGAGAUCUUUUCUCGCGUAGCAACCGGGGGAUUGACCUCACUGCCCCCAAACGGGUUUGUCGCCAUGAUCAAAAUGGAAACUGAGAUCGUGUCUUCCCCGAGCUUACUCAACAAUGCCGAGGUGCUGAAGGCCCAGCUGCAUGUACUUCCAUCACUCUGGAGUAUUGGCUUCUGGUACAGAUCUGUGAGUGAAUGGAAAACACUUUUCGGCAGUAUCUUUGACGAAGCUGUUAGCGCUGCUAAGCUGGCACAAGACACCACUUGCUACGACGCUGCGGUGAAUGUUACCUCGCUAAUAAUUCGCUUCACCAAAGACCAGGUCUUCUGGGACGGCGAAGACCACGGCGACAGCGUGGAGCUACAGGGGCAAAACAAAGACUACUUGGCCUAUUUGCCCGAGCUAGUAGAGGCGUUGUCGAAGAAGGAAGACUUUACCCUCACAGAGGCUCAGCUUCGCACAUUCAUGGCGACGAAGAUGCCAUCCAAGACAGAGGGCAUGAACACGGCGGUGGCGUUCCCUGUGUAUGUGGACACCAGCAUCUACAAAGCCUCAGACGCGGCGGCGCUCGCCAAACUUGUCGAGUUUGAAGCUAGCUGA